CUUCUAUGAUCGAGCUGUGUCAAAAUUACUUGCAGACUCUCUCUCUCUCUCACACACACACACGUUUCUCAUUUGUCAUUUCACAAACCACAAAGAAUCGCAGACCGCUUUUCGGUUUUCAGUGAAAAGAAACGAUGAAAAUAAUUCCCGCACUCAUAUUCACAGCUGUGCGCCUCAAUUUUCCAUUCAAUUCUUAAAAGAUUAAUCUAUUUUCUUAAGAUGAAUUUUGGAUUUUUAUUCACUCGAGUGUGAAGGCUGUCCAGGGUUUUGAUUUUUCUAGCCAGAUUAAGCUAAUUUUGAAUUCAUUUUACCAGAAGGAAGAGUGGGUUUUGGAUUUCUUGACCGAUUAAAAUUAGGGUUUUGAUUCAAUUCUGCAUUAUACAUGAAUUUUCACUUUCUACAAAGGUAAAAAUUGGGUUUUAACGCAUUUGGUUAAGGAGACAUAGGAGCUUUCUUUUGUUGAGCACGAAUUGGACAGUUGGGUUUGUAAAUUUUUGGUUGAGCUGAAAAGAAAUUGCCGUGUUUGAUUUUGAGGACUUCGUGAAUUUCCAAUGGCAGAUGAAAACCCCGCAAUGAAUCUUGAUCUCAAUUUGGGACCUGUUGAUGCUUCAGGUGAAAAUGGUGACACUGGCUCAGGAUCUUAUUCUAACAUGGAUAUGAACUUGGAGGAUUUGUUAGAUGGUCCUGUUCAUAGGUUCACAGAAGCUUUUAGGCAGAGGCAGAGGGGUCAUCGAUGGCGUUCAUUAUGGAGGCAAGUUCCAAUUCCUCCUGAAACUAGAAACCUUGCAUUAGAAUUGAUUGGUGGGGAUGAAUUACAGACUGGUGAGGGUAGCAUUACUACAGAGGAAAGGCCUGUUGAGGUAACCAAAACAUGUGAUAAUGGCAAUUGUUAUUUGGAAGACGAGGCUCGUAAAAAGAAAGAAGAUGGCCAAAAGAAUAAUGGUGAUGUAGGUAGCUUUUUCGAUUGCAAUAUAUGCUUGGACUUGGCAAAGGACCCUGUGUUGACUUGCUGCGGUCACUUGUUUUGCUGGCCUUGUCUUUACAGGUGGUUACAUGUUCACUCUGAUGCAAAGGAAUGUCCUGUUUGUAAAGGAGAGGUGACGACAAAAAAUGUGACCCCAAUUUAUGGUCGGGGUAACAAUACAGGGGAGCCAGAUCAGGACUCUAGUCUGAAGAUUCCUCUUAGGCCCCAAGCCCGGCGGGUUGAGAGCUGGAGGCAGACUAUUCAAAGGGCUGCAUUUACUAUUCCAAUGGAGGAAAUGUUCCGUCGUCUUAGUAAUACAUUUGAUUUGAGUCGAGAGUUGGUUCAGGUUCAGUCUCAAAACUCUGAUGGUCCUCGUGAAUCACCCGAGAGAAGUAACUCCUUGCUCAACAGAAUUCUGACUUCUAGAGGAAUGCGUAGAGAACAGAGUCCACAAAUGCUGUCUGAUGAUGUGAUUGACUUGACAGAAAGCAGUCCAAGGAACUAUGAGGCAAGGGAAAACAGUCGACGUUCGUCACGUUUACUUCGUAGAUCAAAUACACAUCGAGCUGCUUCAUUAUCUAACCUUACAUUUGCAUUGAGCUCGCCUGAAAGACUAGCUACUGAAAGGGCAGUUGAAUCCUAUUUCCGUAACAGUUCUGUAGAAAGAAAUCAGGAAUUGCCCCCACCAGUUGAUGAUAGGGAUUCUAUGUCAAGCAUUGCUGCUGCUAUACACUCUGAGAGUCAGACAGUAGAUAAUGUCAUUGAAAUUGACUCCAGAGUGUCCCUUUCUACUUCGUCUUCCAGGAGAAGAAAUGACGCUUCAAGAAUUUCGGAUAUAGAUAGUGGUGAAUCACGUGCAUCUAGGAGGAGACUAAACUGAUUUGCAUCUUGGUAUUUGCAGUCAGAUUUCAUAUUACAUUCAAAUAUUAAUAUUUCUGAGCACCAUAUGGAUCAAAUACCUUGUAUUUGUUGUUUGUUCCAAUUGAAAUGCAUGUUUCCUAUAGCUGGAAAUUUCCAUAAGGUAUGACAGAACCUUCGAAAUUUUGCUGCUUAGAGUUUAUAGUAUAAAAUCUUGUUUUCCUA